GGCCCCGCGCCAGGGCCACAGGCGGCGAGCGGCGCGGGCGGGAUGUGGCGCAGCGGGAUGUGGCGCAGCGGGAUGUGGCGCAGCGGCAUGUGGCGGAGCGGGAUGUGGCGGAGCGGCAUGUGGCGCAGCGGCAUGUGGCGGAGCGGGAUGUGGCGGAGCGGGAUGUGGCGGAGCGGCAUGUGGCGGAGCGGCAUGUGGCGCAGCGGGAUGUGGCGGAGCGGCGCGGCGCUGGGCAGGGCGCUGGCCCGAGGGGCCGCCGCCAGGCACUUGGUUUCUUGUGGUAUUCUGAUGACCAGAACCUCUCCUUUGCAAGUACCUGUAAUGAGCCAUACUUUUUCAAGAAAUUUCUUCAAUGUUGCUGCACCACUAAUAAAUAAAAGAAAAGAAUAUUCUGAAAGAAGAAUUAUAGGGUAUUCCAUGCAGGAAAUGUAUGAAGUUGUUGCCGUUGUGGAGAAUUACAAACUCUUUGUUCCCUGGUGUAAAAAGUCAGACAUACUCUCGAAGCGCUCUGGGUACUGCAAAGCACAGCUAGAAAUAGGAUUCCCUCCUGUAGUAGAGAGAUACACAUCAAUUGUAACCCUAGUGAGACCACAUUUAGUUAAGGCAUCAUGCACAGAUGGAAAACUCUUUAAUCACUUGGAAACAGUGUGGCGUUUGAGCCCAGGUAUCCCUGGUUAUCCAAGGACGUGUACAUUGGAUUUUUCAAUUUCUUUUGAAUUUCGUUCACUUCUACACUCAAAACUUGCUACACUAUUUUUUGAUGAAGUUGUAAAGCAGAUGGUUGCUGCCUUUGAAAGAAGAGCAUCCAAACUCCACGGCCCAGAAACCAGCAUCCCUCGGGAGCUGAUGCUGCACGAAGUUCAUCAGACAUAAGGGGGAACUGUAACAACCUCAGCUAUAAACUUGUUUGUACAAAGUGCCGUGCUCCGCCUUUGGGGCAUCUAUUUCUUAUCUGAGCUGUGGGUGUGAUCGUACACUGCACCAAACACACGUGCUCAGCCAGACCUAUAGAGAAUGUUCCAAAGCUGCAAUCAAGUGCAGCUUAAAGCCUUAUCAGUAACAGACACCUGGCGGCUCCUGGAAGCCAGGCUAUCUCAGGCUGCCGUUUAAUGCCAAACGGCUCCUGCAAUCAUGGCCCAAGCUCUGCCUUAGCCAAGCUCAUGGGGGUUUUCAGCACUGUAACACAUUAACUCAACUUUGUGGGAAUGUAACUGCACAGCAUCAACUCAGCCAGCUGUGGCUAAGCAGAGACCAACUGACACACUGGCUUCCCAGAGAAUGGCACAGUUUGGCAACCAUUGAGGAGUAGCUCUUUUAAUUCAAAUGAAUGGCAAAGGUAAGUCAGGAGUCUCCAGCUGCUCCUGGAGCGACCAGCAACGGCUCUAGAACUCCUCCCAUUUUCAGGGAUGAAACACAAGGGGUAUGCAUAAGGAGUACUGUGAUUUGAGUGCAGCAGUCUCAGCCAUAGCCAGUGCCUCGCAGUGGACGUGUCUGGAAUGUGUGGUACAUUUGGCAGGCUGAACUUGCCUCUUGCCACUGCUCCCGUUACACAUUGCACUUUAAUUACUUCCACCUCAUCUAAUGCAAACAGUACACUUUAAAACAAGUGUUACCUCUUUGAGAACCAGGUACUAGUGCUGUCCUCCCUGGAAGCAGGGAACAAGAGGCCUUGCACUUCCUGCAGACAAGCACAGCCAAGGCCCGCUGUCCUUAUAAAUCAUACAAGAGAGCACUAAACCUUAUUCUUUGAGGUUUUUCAGUACCAUACGCCCACUGUGAUAAUGCCCAUCUUGAUUAAAUACACAUUCAGUACUUCUAUUCUGGAAAUAUUCUCCUCCCAGUCUCUGAAGAAACCAAGUGAAUAGGUUUGAGCAGAUUCUAAAUCCUUACAUAAUGCAAGGCAGCAUAACCAUAUUUCCUUAGUGAAAUUUGGUGAAGCUUCAGGGGAGGUGCCAAAGCUGGUCCUUCCUCUGCAGUGUAUGUAAUCCAUAUGGUUACUACAGAACAGCAUAUUAAUAUAGAAAGGUAUGUUUCAGAAUAAAGACAGCCCUGAAACAGUUUCAAACCAUUUUACUUAAAAUUAGAAUGUCACACAUCCCAUCUGUGGAAGGAUAGUUAUUAAGGGCAGGAAGCUGGGGAAAGCAACAGCUGGAUUAAGGUCAUUUUUACAGAACUGAGAAGUUGUAAAGCAGUUUUGAUUGUUGAGGCAAUCAGAGACAAACAUACACAAGUUUGGGAACACCAUGAGUCGGCAGGUGGGAAAGCAGAAAAGACUCUACACAAUGUUAUUGGCUGUAUCAGGUCAAAGAACACGGGAAGGGGCAUAGCAACACUUCUAUUGCAAAGUAACUAAAUCCUGCACCCCUUACCAAAAAGGAGCAAGGAAAGAAUGGAAGGCUCAAGGUGAGGAGGUAACCACAUACUACACCUGAGCAAAGGAACUAUUUAAAAACCCCAGAACCCUUUCUUAGCAAAGACUUACCUGUGUGAUACCCUCAGGGCACUUCCCUUCCCCUGGGACUGUGAAAGGUACACUGGGCCUGUUCCAGCACAUGAUACAACCAGGUAAGAAAGGGCAAAAUAAAGUCAGUGCACGUGCCUUGUUUUCAGAGCAUUGUUUAAUAUUUCAAAGAACUGUAGUGCAGUUCAGCUUAGAGAUUUCUUACCAAAAUUAAAGCACUUACAUUUCUGAGAAACAUUCUAGACAAAGGAAUGUUUCUCGGAGUGAAAUGCCCUGUCAUUUUUUCAAGCGUAAGUGUCAAUUUCUACUAAAUCUUAGAAGCAGCAGCAGGCUGUCCAGGCUCUCCCAUAACUAUGGCUUUGUGUGCAGAUGAAGAAGGUGAUACAUUUUGUAACUUUUGAGCAGUUUAUUACAUAAAGGUCACAUAACUCUAUUUGCCUACUUUGUACACAAUUGUCUAGUCUCACGCACAGUGGCUUCCAAGUUCUUCCUAGUACUGGCAAGCACCAAGAAAUUCUGAAAUAGAAUAUCAAGUGCCUUAAUUUAAGUUCAAAUCAGGACCUUGGUAGAUGGAUCUUGAUAACCCAGUUAUCAGGAAUGUACAAAUGUCUUUAUUCAAAAAAUACAAAAUAAAUUAUCUGUAGGCAUGGACAAUGACUGUAAACA